CACAAACUCUAGCCAACAGUACUAACCCAACAACGAUAAAAUUUUAUUUUCCUUAUCGUUUCCCUUGAAAAGUUCGUGCUAAAACAAGCCAAAGAAGAACCCCAACUUCUCUGGUAGUAGAUCAGCGCCUUUGCAAAAGGGCUUUGUCCUGUAAUGAAGGAGCUGCUUGUGGGAUACGUGAAGGCUUCUGGGUCGUCCUUGUUUUCCUGUCUAAUGUGGUCCCUUUGGUGAAUCACCUCAUUUCUUGGGUGGUUUUGAUACGCGGCUUGUUUGUAAAUUUGUAAAGCUAGGGCUUUUCUAUUCUUUAUUGGCUGGUGUAUGCUUAUGAUGCAAUCGGGUAGGUCCGGAUCCGCGAGGCCGAUAACCCACCUGGAUUAUUCUUUGUCAGCCUUCGAUACGAGAGGAAAACAUCGGAUACAGGCUGAAAUUAAACGUCUCGAACAGGAAGCUAGAUUCUUAGAGUUUAUUUCACUAGAUUUGCUUCAACUAGCAUUGGGUCAUGGAAAGCUCUUUUGCGAUUCACAUUUUCAUAGGGUUAGGACAUUUUGGAAAAAGAGUGAGGAGGAGCUGGAACAGCUUGAGAAAAUGGAGAGCGCCUCAUCUUCAUGCAAGGAAAUGCUGAGCAACGUGGAACCAAGACCUGAUCCUUUGCUUCCAAUGACAAAUGGCCCAAUAAAUCCAUUUUGGGAUCGAUGGUUUGAGGGCCCUCAAGAUUCAAAAGGUUGCAGAUGCUGGAUAUUCUGAUGGUCAUUGCUAAUCUCAAGAAUUAACUUACAUAAUGAGAUACUGGCAGAGGCUUCAACUUACAGACUUGUCACAGUCUUGGAACAAAGUUUUAUUGUGAUUCGUUUCAUACAGCUAGAGGAUACCGUGUCAUUAGCAAAUGUUACUUGGAAUGCUUCACUGUGCAUACUGGGACUUUGUAGCUAAAAAAUUCCUUGUCAAAUGAUUCAUGAAAUGCUUAAUGGUACAGAUAUCAA